CGAUGUCAGAGACACGCUACUUUGGCUUUCUCCUCGGCAGUGACUACCGCGACCCUUACUCGGUCAUACUAUAUGUACUGUGUCGACCUGAUAACUCCCUACGAUGGGCAAUAUCCAAUCUGGCUCGACUUUGACACGUACAACUGUAGCUUUAGACUCGUUCAUUGCUGAACUCGGUGGUGAAAUCCUCUACGAGAAAAGCCUUGGUUCUGCCCGUUUCCUCAAGACUGUUAAGUGCCGACACCAAAAUGGAUAUUUAGUCGUCAAGGUCUUCAUCAAGCCCGACCCCGGUCUCUCUUUACGCAACUAUCUAAGGCGGUUGAAGAUUGACCGGGAGACACUGCUAGAUAUCGUCAACGUUUAUAACUAUCAGGCACUCGUCGAAACUGAAAAGGCAGGCUACCUUAUCAGACAAUGGGUUGCAAGUAACCUCUACGACCGUAUAAGUACCCGGCCUUUCCUUAGUGUUAUAGAGAAGAAAUGGAUAGCUUUUCAAAUACUCAAUGGUCUACGAGAUGCACGAACUCGCAAAGUGUCACACGGGGAUAUCAAAUCAGAGAACAUCUUGGUUACUUCGUGGAACUGGGUCUAUUUGACUGAUUUCGCUUCGUAUAAACCGACAUACCUUCCUCUUGAUGAUCCUUCUGACUUCUCCUUCUUCUUUGACACAUCCGGGCGUCGCACCUGCUAUAUCGCUCCGGAACGGUUCUAUACUGCUGCCAGUAAUCCCGAAAUCAGUGCGAAGAAGUCGACUUUAGCUGUCGAAGAAGGUCAGAGAGACGGGAAAGUAACUGAAGCCAUGGAUUGUUUCAGUGUGGGAUGCGUUAUUGCGGAGCUAUUCCUUGAGGGUGCGCCUCUGUUCACCCUUAGCCAGUUAUUCAAAUACCGGGAAGGAGAAUACAAUGUUGAGUCCCAUCUGAACCUCAUCGAAGAUGAAGGUGUACGAAACAUGAUCAAGCAAAUGAUUAGUCUUGACCCCUUGUCCCGCCCAACAUUCGACAGUCUUAUGCAAGCCUCGCGUGGAACUGUUUUUCCAGAAUCGUUCUUCAGCUUCUUUCACAAUUAUGUUUCUUCCAAUAACGAAAUCUCUGGCAUAUCACCAUUUGCUCCUAAUGGCACAAACAUUCCCAAUCCAGGCGACCUGACUCCCUCGUUAUCUGCCACUGCUUUACGUUCCGGCACGUUAACCUCAACUCCUCCCGCCCCCGGCGGAAAUUCCUUAAACGCAAUGUCUUCCGGUGACGUUCUCCCCAACGACUCUGAUAAUAGAAUGGAACGGCUGUGGGCAGAUUUUGAAAGUGUUGAACCAUAUCUUGUGGUUGACUCUGCGGAAGAAAUCACCAUGGACGUCAAAAUUGAUUAUCAUUCCACAACCACCAGUGUCUCUCGGCCUUUCCAAGAUAUACUCCCUAUUGAACUGCAAAUCCCGAAUCGCGUGUCCAAAUUGAACAGCAUUCUGCAACCAAAAUCGAGAGCUACUUUGGAUGGACCUGCCUUGAUCAUUCUAGCAAUCGUCACAGCCAACAUUCGAAAUUGUUACUUGCCCAGCUCGAAGGUCCGAGCCUUGGAUGUCUUCUUAGCCCUGUCGUCCCACUUGACAGACGAGGCAAAACUGGAUAGAAUGGUUCCAUACAUAGUUGAUCUAUUACAUGAUGAAGCUGCGAUUGUGAGACUAGCUGCGAUCCGGACUUUGGUACAAGUAUUAAUGCUAGUAACGGUCAUCACUCCUUCAAAUGCAGCUAUAUUCCCCGAAUAUAUUAUUCCAAAUGUCAAAUACCUUGUGCAGGACCCGGAAGUAUCCGUCCGGUGCACAUAUGCUCAAUGUAUUGUCCAACUUGCGGAUACAGCUGUGAGAUAUUUGGAAAUGGGGCAGGCAUUGAAAGCGCACGGGUCUUUCAGAAUAUCUCCAGAGGCGCAGGAGUACGAUCAAUAUGAGGUAUCUUAUGAAGCUAGUCUUCAGGAUCUGCAAAGCAGUAUCCAAGAACAGCUCUCUGCGUUGCUUGUUGAUUCAUCUAGCAUUGUUAAGCGGGCCGUGCUACACCAUAUAUCAUACCUAUGUAUAUUCCUUGGAAGACAGCGGACUAAUGAUGUACUCCUCAGUCAUAUGAUCACCUAUCUGAACGAUCGGGAUUGGCUGCUCCGGCAUGCGUUCUUCGAAAGUAUUGUGGAUGUGGCGGCUUGUGCGGGUGGGAGAAGUUUGGAGGAGUAUAUCUUACCUUUGAUGAUCCAGGCUCUUUCUGAUGUUGAGGAGACGGUGGUAGCAAAGGUGUUGGCUUCGUUGACCAGUUUAUGUGGCUUGGGCUUAUUUCAGAAGAUGCGUAUCUGGGAACUCAUGAGCGCGACACUUGGAUUCUUAUAUCAUCCGAAUAUCUGGGUGCGGCAAGGUGCCGCCGCGUUUAUUGCUGCGGCUGCGAAACAUCUCCCGCCUAGCGAUGUUUGGUGCAUUCUCUACCCCUCCUUGCGACACUUCCUCAAGUCUGAUGUUGAAACCAUUGACGAGAAAAGUUUAUUGAACGCCAUGAAACCUGCGCUUCCACGACAAAUUUUUGACGCAACUGUACAAUGGGCUAGGAAGACGGAUAGAACCAACUUCUGGAAGGCAGGCAGGCGGGGUGGCGGUAAAAUUGAAACUCCUAGAGAAAGUGUUGCUUCUGUGCGAAAGAUCAGCACCAGCUUAAGCAAAAAUUUGUCGGAAGAGGACGAAAUUCAAGUGAUCAAGCUGCAACAAUUAGGCAUGACUUCGGCAGAGGAAGCAAAGUUAAUGGCGAUGCGAGACUAUAUCUUGAAGUUAGCUAAUGCUUUAUCAAGUUUUUCUUCGCGAGCCGGACCCGAUAUUGGUGCGAUCAAGCAUCUCAAAGUAACUGGAGACGUGGAAUUACCCAAGCUCGGGGUAGUUCCCCAAACGGUGUUCCUCAAAUCUAGCAGCUCCGAAACAACUUCUCGAGUAUCUCGCUCACGACGCUCGGAUAUCACAGGAGGAACAGCGGUGCCCGGUUCACCCCUUUCGAUUCGCCCGUUCAGUGAUCACAUGAAUUUCGUCGGACCUCCAAGUUCGGGAGCGCCUUUCGAAGACCUGCGCCGCAGAUUAGCUACCAUCAACGGUUCGGCCUCGUCACUCAGCUUGGCACCACAAACACCAACUACUCCUCGUUCUUCCCUUCCUUCACACUUACCUCAACCGAGUCCUGCUCUGGCUUCUGGAGCCAUUUCGCCAGCACCAGUUGAACGACCGGGAAGCCCGACCGAGUCAGUUGUAUCCACUUCGAACAACUCAACAUCCUUUCGACCUCUCAGCAGGAUGCAGUUUGGUGGGAACGCGAACGGAGAUGGUAGUCACAAGGCUGCCCCGGCUGUUGGAUCGUCGAAAACGAAUGCACUGGGACUGUUAGACACGCACUCGCAUCUUCAAACCGAAUCUUCACCGGAACGUUCGGGGAGAACGACACCAGCAUCGUUGUCGCAAACCAUUCGACCUGUGAAUCGAUCAAGGGUGCCAUCACUGUUUCCUAUAUCUACUUAUGAUGGACAGGAAGCUGGGAUCAAUAAUCUUCUAGAGAACUUGUACUUGGAUAAUAAUCGAGAUCUCCAACAUGACUUUGGUCCUCGUGUACAUGAAGGGCCUGUCCGACGUAGAAACCCCGUCCGCCACAGUUUAGUUUCUCGGGAUGGGAUUGCGCGAAAAAUGGACGCUGUCCUGGUAACUCAUCUAGGCUCACACUCCGACUCUAUUACAGGCCUCGCUGUCUCUCCUGACCAAACCUUCUUCGUCUCAGCUUCUGACGACAAAACGGUGAAAGUUUGGGAUACGGCGAGGCUAGAACGCAACGUAACCGCCAAACCUCGGCACACGUACAGUCAGCACCAUGCAAGGGUGAAGUGUAUCUGCAUAUUAGAGGGUGUACAUUGUUUCGCUAGCGCCGCCGAUGAUGGGAGCUUACAUAUCGUGCGGGUGCACAUAUCCCAGCAUACAGGGACGCUCCCGAAAUACCACAAGCUUCAGUUGGUAAGGGAGCAUCAUGUUGACACUGUGGGUGAAUACAUAACUGCGAUGCAACAUUAUAAUACUGAUACUUCUUCCAACCUCGUUUACGCCACGACCCAUUCCAUCAUUACCAUCCUCGAUUUGCGAACAAUGCGCGUUCUGCAAAAGAUGGAAAAUCCAAGGCAUCAUGGUCCUAUAACAUGUCUCUGUAUUGACCGUAAACGCUCUUGGAUUCUUGUUGGAACAUCGACCGGUGUGCUAACUCUGUGGGACCGUCGGUUUGGACUUUUUCUGAAAAGUUGGCAUGUCGGCGUCGCUUCCAUCGGUCGUCUGGUGCGAAUCCACCAAUGCAUUGUCCAUCCAUCCAAGGGACGGGGAAAGUGGGUAAUGGUCACCGUAGAAACCUCAAAGAGCAAUAAUGACCGCGCGUUCACAAUUUUGGUUGAGGUAUGGGACAUUGAGAAAUCUCUAUUGGUAGAGACAUUUGUUGUGCGGAGGGGUCCUUCUUCUGAUGAUUCCAUUGAGCCGCAUGGUCUGAUUGGUGUUGAUGCGGAUAAUAGCCCUGCAGCUGCGAUAGCAGCUCUCGUUCGAUCUCGUCAGGUUGGAGAGGACCCUGUAAUUCAUCCUCAACAACUUUUAGCUCCUGCUGCUGAUGUUCGCGCUAUCGUUGUCGGGAUGGAAUUUGGUGGACAUUCAGCUGUUCAUAGAUCCGAUCUCGCCAAUUUCACUGGCGAAGCUCCUCCGAAAUAUGCUGGAAAAGGCUUCAUGGUCACGGGGUCUGAGGAUCGAAAGAUCCGUUUGUGGGAUUUGGGAAAGAUUGAACGAUCGACGGUGCUGUGUGGGAUUGAGACUGAUGCUGAAAGACCCUCGUACAGUGUUUCAAACAAUGGCUCUGCAUCAACGUACAUCGAAGGAUGGUCUGCUACUGGAUCGAGCAGUCAACAGAAUCGACCAACACAGAGAAUAUCACUGAUCACUCAUAAUCAACAGACUCUACUCAGAUCCCACCAAGAUAUUAUCACUGCUCUUGUUUGUAUUGAUUCUCCGUUCCGUGGUGGUAUUGUUAGUGGCGACCGAGCCGGUGUUAUCAAAGUAUGGAAAGUGGAGGCCUCAGAGCAAUAGACAUGUAGUAUUUACAUACAUAUAUAUAAGCUCAAUCUAUGGGUUAAUGUGUAUCUUUCUGUAUCCAUGUACAGUGCUUUGCAUGUCCUUUUCGUAGUUCUUUUCAUGUUCGAAUUCUCG